AUGAAGGUAUACGCCGACCAUUAUAAUAUUUGCAAGUAGCAGUCGACCUUGUCACUUAAAUUUUCACUACUUACUUUAUUAAGUCGCACGUCUUACUAUAAAUAUCAUCAUUGCUGAAUCCAUUCAUUCACCUGCCUAUUGCCAACGUCGAUGAGGAUUACUAACCACUUGAGAUAUGUCUUUGUUGGCAGUUCGUAGUCAGGCUGUGGUUGGAGUAACAUCUGGUAAAAAAACAGGUGCAAGAGCACCUAUAGCAUUAUUCAUAUUCACUUUGAGGAAUGUUUUCGAUUCUUUGUAUAAUUGUGGUUGUGUUCUUGCAACUCGCCAGUGCACGGAAUGACAAUUUAUCAAAAAAUUACCAGUUUUCAAAUAAAACUCUAGUUGCGUCAGAUAUUUCAUUCGAUAACAAAACAUUGUUUUAUGCACUGUACACGCAGUCGUCAAAACAGUGCAGCGUUAUCCAAGAGGAUAAUCCUUUUACAAAUUAUUCAGUGACAAAAAAGUGUAAUUUUGUGCUUAAAGUUAACAAAAUACAGUUGAUAGUUGGUUUGGGUACGGAAAAAGCUAUUCUCAUCGCACAAGAUAUUGCAUCCAAAUCACUCAAAUUAAAAGCAAUCACUGUUCACAUCGCUGAAUGUAAAAUAAAAGAGGUAGAUUUAGUAGAAGUUCCGUCAGACUGGGUUAACCGUAAGCUUCACCGUGAUUACAUUGACGUUGUUGUGUCUGAACACGGGUUUGACGUGAUAAUUAAAGGCUUGAGUCAUCUUUGCACAAAAUCUGAUGCUAAAAUAUAUUGUGGAUUGAGCUUUGAUACCGAUGGAAACAAAAUUGAAGGCCCUCUAAUUUGGCCGAAAAUGGCUUAUGAGAAAAUUGAUCUAGUAUCACCCAUAAUGGCUGAUGCCACGGGACAAGGUUACUUUUUUGUUAACCGCGAUACGUCAUUGCUCGCUUUUCAACUGAAUCGAAAAGGUGGUCCGAAAUAUGUGAAAUUAUGGUACACGCCAAUACCACAUUCAAACCUUUGGAGAGAAGCCUAUUCGGUUGCGAAUCAUGUAGAUGGCAUGUGUUAUAACAUUAAUUCGAGCAUUGGUUGUUGGCAAACCGAUCAAGAAGGAGAAGUGAAAAUACAAAUGGAAUUUGAAUUUGAUCACAAAUUUAAAGCCAAUAUAAAACAGUGUAAUAUACCGCAAACUACAAAAAUUGAAGAAAGCACAACUCAGAUCAUAACAGAAGAUAUUAUGACGCAAGCUACCAAAAUACCACUUACAACUAUACAAGAAACGACAGUAGGAGAAAUCACUACGAAAGCUACUGUAGGAUUAGGAACUACAACAGCAGAUGUUACAACAAAUGAUACUGUAAUAGAAAAAACUACAGAAGAGGCUAUAAUGGAACCUGACACAGUCAUAGGAAUUACGGUAGAAGACACUACAACACAAAACACUAUAGCGCUAAAUGAUACAAAAAACAAUGAUGGGAACAAUAAUAAUCAGAGUAUAGAGGAUGUAACACAAGGCAACAUAAUAAUACAAGAUAGUACAACGGAGAGCAACAUAGUGCAAGACAGCGUAAAUAUACAAAACAAUGUCACACAAAAAAAUGUUACGGAAACCGACAUUCCGCAAAAUAAUGUGACCGAGAUUAAUACAUCAGUAGUACAAGUAGCAACUGGCAAUGUAACUGUAGAAAAUAUUACGGAAGAAAACACUGUGCUAGAAAAUAUAACAGAGAUCAAUACUGUAGGCGUCAUUACAGUUCAAGAUCUUACAACACUAGCUCUAACGACUCAAAUUCCGGUAACACCAGAAAAUAUAGCGACAUUUCAAGAAACUACCGCUCAAGAUGACACUGUACAGGACAUUACAGUUAAAGAAAUAACGACAAUUCAAGACAGUAUAACAAACAAGAGCGUAGUCCGAAGAUCGUUGUCACAAAUUGCAUUGACGAACGAGCAAAAGGUGUGGAAUCUUUUUAUUCAUAAUUUGCCGAAUGGUGGAUUUAUUGUACUGGUAGUUACAUGUCCAAAUCGAAUUUGUAAUGGGAAUGAAGAUCAUUAUUACCUAAUGAAAAUCAACGCCCAGGGAAAACUAAUCGGACAGUUGGAGAUCAAUAUCACGAGCAAAUGUCAUGCCAACAGUAACGAAGUUUUCGUAAAGAUAUUUGAAAACGAUCAAGGACAAUAUUGCUCGGUUAGAUUGUGUAUAGGCAGGAAAUCGAAAGAAGAACAAAUGGAAAUCCUGGUUAAUUGCUAUUGUAAUUCUGAUUUCAAGUGAGAUAUUCAGACUUUUUAAUUAUGAAUGCUGUCGUUUAUUUCCAGUUGAAUUAUUAUUAAUCAAAUAUAAAAUUAUAUCGUUAUAUCUAUUGGUACAGUUACAAACAAUAAAUUGUAUUGCGUUGUUGCUUUGCUGUAUCUGUUCUUUGCGGAGUUAAAAUGAAUGUUGACUUUAAUGGACUAUAAAAUGACAGCACCCUAACAGAGAUAAUUUUGUGCAUAUUUACUAAUCCGCAGCUCCGGUACCCUAAUAUCGAAAUGAUAACGGCAUAAACAUAAAAGACUACUUUGUUAACCGAAACUACACGACUAACUAUCACGAAGAUUCAUUAACGACUAACUUGCUUAACAAUAAACAGUAAACUAAAACUGCUUAGCAAUCUUCUGAUCUUCAUUUUUUGACGAUCGACGGUCGCAAGUAUUACACUAUUAUUAUUGAAUAAUCAAUAUUAGAAUAUUUUUCAUAGUUAUUUUUUAUAGUUAAUUGUUUUAUGUCUAUGUAAUAACUGAAAUAAAAGUUUGCUAU